AGGGAAGAGGAGUGGAUCAGUAAAUCUGCUAAACGGGAUCUUCCUCCUCUUCCUCUGCAUCCUUAUCGCGCAGCAUCCAAACCUGAGUGGGAUUAAACCCCAAACUGACGGCUUUUUUACGCGCUUCACAACUUUCUCCCUCAACAGGUUUCCUCGUUUCUUCUGAACGACUCCUGACUCCUACAGUAUUAAAGUGAACUUAUUCAGGUUUUUUUCCCUCUGACAUCCUGCAUCUGCCAUCGCCGGGGUAACCAGAACCUCUUCUCCAUCCUCUUCCAUCGCACCAGAACCUGCUUGUUUAUUAACUUCGAACUGAACACAUUUUUUGAUUUAAUUUUUUUAAACCCUUGUUGUUGUUGUUGUUGUUGUUUUGUUUUGUUUUUUUAUGUGCCUGGUUAUUUUAAACCGGUGAAGUUCAUGCGUCAACAUGCCUGUGAGACGCGGUCAUGUUGCGCUCCAGAACACAUAUUUGGACACAAUCAUCAAGAAAUUCGACGAACGAAAUCGCAAGUUUCUGAUUGCCAAUGCUCAGAUGAAGAACUGUGGGAUCAUUUACUGCAAUGAAGGUUUCUGCCAGAUGUUCGGCUUCACCCGGGCCGAGAUCAUGCAGCAGCCCUGUACCUGCCAGUUCUUGGUUGGUCCUGGCACCAUGAAGAGCGCCCUGGCCCAGUUAGCGCAGGCCCUGCUUGGGUCAGAGGAGCGCAAAGUGGAGAUCCUCUAUUACUCCAAGGAAGGGAUUUGCCGACCCUGCCGAGUGGAUAUCGUACCUGUCAAAAACGAGGAAGGCCUGGUGAUAAUGUUCAUCCUCGACUUCCAGGAGCUCGUCGAUCCUUCACUCAAGAAGUCAGGCUUAAGGCAGAGAGUUACCCAAGGAUGGCUUUACUGUCAGAACCGCCGGCUGAAGAUGAGACUACCAGAACUUCGCUCCCUGCGAAGGCCGUCACUGGCCAAAGAUCAGUGCGAAGGGGUGGUGGUGGAUUACCUGCAGCCGCGCAGUGAGGAAGUCCCUCUGAAGGAGUUUCGGAUCCCUUCGAAGGAGAGCUGCAUGCAGUCUGAGACCGAGGCUUUAAUCGAACAGGACCUGGAUCCUCCCUCGCCUGCUGCUCAGUCCUUCACCAAACGGCGCUCGUUGCUGACGGAGCGGCUGGACCCCAGCAUCUCCUUCACCAGGGGAGCGCUGCCUCGAAGCUGCUCCAAUGAGAGCGUCCGCAGCCUGAGGCGGGCCUCGUCUCUGGAUGACAUUGACGGCAUGAAAGUGGAGUGGAGCAGUCGACCCGGGGAAACCCGAACUCACAGCAAUCUGAAGCCCAGUGCUUUGAACUCCACCUCUGACUCAGAUCUUAUUAGACACAGAACCAUCGGACGCAUCCCGCAGGUCACCCUCACCUUCGGCUCAGACCGACUCAGACCGCCCUCGCCUACUGAGAUCGAAAUCAUUGCACCCAGCAAGGUCAAAGACCGAACCCAGAACGUCACUGAAAAGGUCACUCAGGUCACACAGGUGUUGUCCCUCGGCGCCGACGUGUUGCCUGAGUACAAGCUCCAGGCCCCACGCAUCCACAAGUGGACGAUCCUCCACUACAGCCCCUUCAAGGCCGUCUGGGACUGGGUCAUCCUGCUGCUGGUCAUCUACACGGCCAUCUUCACUCCCUACUCUGCCGCCUUCCUUCUCAACGAGGCGGAAGAUGACGGAGGCUCUUGCGUCUACACCUGCAACCCGCUGAACGUGGUGGACCUUGUGGUGGACGUCAUGUUCAUCGUGGACAUCCUCAUCAACUUCAGGACCACCUACGUCAACAGCAACGACGAGGUGGUCAGCCACCCUGGCCGCAUCGCGCAGCACUACUUCAAGGGCUGGUUCCUGAUCGAUAUAGUCGCCGCCAUCCCGUUCGAUCUGCUCAUAUCGCGCUCAGGGUCACAAGAGACGGAGCCACAGACCCAAACUACGCUGAUUGGACUUCUGAAGACGGCCAGACUGUUGAGGCUGGUGCGAGUUGCCAGGAAGUUAGAUCGCUACUCCGAAUACGGAGCGGCGGUUCUGUUCCUCCUCAUGUGUACGUUCGCGCUCAUCGCCCACUGGCUGGCCUGCAUCUGGUACGCCAUCGGCAACGUGGAGCGCACCGGCUCUGAACGCAUCGGCGGCAUGAAGAUCGGCUGGCUGGACAACCUGGCCGACCAAAUAGGGAAACACUACAACAGCAGUGACAGGAGCUCAGGCCCCUCCAUUCAAGACAAGUACGUUACGGCGUUAUAUUUCACCUUCAGCAGCCUGACCAGCGUGGGCUUCGGCAACGUCUCGCCCAACACCAACCCGGAGAAGAUCUUCUCCAUCUGUGUCAUGCUCAUUGGCUCUCUGAUGUAUGCCAGCAUCUUUGGGAACGUGUCGGCCAUCAUUCAGCGGCUGUACUCUGGCACGGCCCGGUACCACACACAGAUGCUGCGGGUCAAAGAGUUCAUUCGCUUCCACCAGAUCCCAGGAGGCCUCAGACAAAGACUGGAGGAGUAUUUCCAGCAUGCCUGGUCCUACACCAACGGCAUCGACAUGAAUGCUGUUUUGAAAGGUUUUCCUGAAUGCCUGCAAGCCGACAUCUGCCUCCAUCUGCACCGCAGUUUGCUGCAGAACUGCAAAGCUUUUCGGGGCGCCAACAAAGGCUGCCUGCGCGCUCUGGCCAUGCGAUUCAGGACGACCCACGCGCCGCCGGGUGACACCCUGGUGCACAGCGGGGACAUUCUCACCGCCCUCUACUUCAUUUCCAGGGGUUCAAUCGAGAUUUUGAGGGACGACGUAGUGGUGGCCAUACUGGGAAAGAAUGACAUCUUUGGUGAACCCAACCAUGUUUAUGGCAGGCCCGGGAAAUCCAGCGCUGACGUUCGGGCUUUGACCUACUGCGACCUUCAUAAGAUCCUGAGGGACGACCUGCUGGAGGUGCUGGAGAUGUAUCCAGACUUUGCUGACUCCUUCUGGAACAAUUUGGAGAUUACCUUUAACCUCAGAGAUGCAGACAGAAUAAACCAGCAAAUCCCGAGCAGGAGCUCCGAGUGCGGCUGCCGACUGACGAGGCAUCGCAGAAGCUCCCUGCGGCGCCGGAACCGGCCGGACGGGAUGGAUCAGGACGACUCGUACCCAGAUCAGUCGUGUCUGACGGUGAACCACCGGCGCAGAAUGGUGGCCGGGUCUCACUGGGAGGAUCUCUGCAGCAGCGCCAGCGUUUGUUCUCAGUCCAGUGAUGAGGAAAUUAAGUCUGUUGAACACAAGGGGGAGCUGUUCGUCCACAGUUCUGACACCAGAGACUACCAACCUUCAAGGGUCACCAUCCCACCCAACUGUGGACCUUCUGCGCUAAUGGGGCAGGCUGUGGAUCUUGGAGGCUCUCCGUACUCAGCAGCGCCCCCUAUCAGUGUGUCAGGCUUGUACGGCUACUGGUCAGACCGCAGAUCCAGCCAGCUGUCUGAGAACCAGAGGAGGCAGUCAGCAGUGAGAUCUGGUUUUCAGCCUUCGUUCUGCGCUGGGGAUCGGCCUCGGGAGCUGGAGUCCAGACUGGCGCUCCUGCAGUCUCAGCUCAACAGGCUGGAGACCCGUAUGACUGCAGAUAUUAACGUGAUCCUGCAGCUCCUCCAGAGGCAGAUGACCCCGGUACCUCCCGCCUACAGCGCCGUGUCGCCAGGCUCCCACCUGCCUCACCCCACGACCCUGUACGGCUCGGGAGCCCCCACUAUCCACAUGGCCCCCCCAAUCCAGCCGGGACAGACAGACGGCACCGCCUCCAUGCUGCAGAGUCCAGAUUCUGACUUUAAGCACAAAUCUAGAGACUCCCUCUCCAGCGGCGUCCAUCUCACCCUGGCGUCAGACGACACCAUGUCACCAGAGGCCGACCCGCCGCGACUGCUCUCUGUUGAUCUCACCUGUCCUCACUUCCUGUCCCCCAACGCCCACGAAGCCCCCGGGCUCCUCGGCGGCAGCCAGCGCUUCCCCUCGCUCCCCGAACACCUGGAGACCUCCACAGAGAUGCAGGAGAUCCAGAGACACGUCUCUGACCCGGUUCUGCCAGGAACCUAGAGAAAGCUGCUGCAAAUGUAAAGCCAUAUUUUGCCCAGAUGGAUCUCCAUCUUACCAAAUAUUUAAAAAAAUUAUCCUCCUCUCCUGGUCGGAGGCUGCUGGAAAUGAGGAAUGUCUGAAAAACCCACAAACUGCAUCCCAGACUCAGGUUUCCAUAAUGGAAGGAGAGAGAGAAAAAACACGUUUGAGAAAUAUCUGCAUUCACUUUGUAUAAGAAUUGCACAUUUAGGCUCAAUAAAGACAAAAAUGUAUUUUUAUACUGUUCUAUCUGCUGUUUGCAUAAAGAACUCUGUAUCUAGUUAAUAUAAAGGCUGUUGGAGUCAGUGUUACUGUUAUCUGUGUUAAAUAAAUUAACUGUCUGACACUGUAAAUGAUGAAGGUUUUAACUUAAACCCCACAUUUGUUCAUGACACGAAUCAGAAAAGUAAUUUAUGAGAAAACAAGGCUGUGAAUAGAGUCAGAUGUUUUCUGCAGAGGUUUUUUCUGGUCACACCUGUCAGAAUAUGAGUUUUAAGCUUACUCCAAAAAAAUUUAUAAAGUUACAAGAAUAAAGUCAAGAUAACAAGGUAAUGUUACGAGAAUAACGUAUAACGAGAAUAAUAAUGCUCUUUCACUCUAGUAGUAUUUUGACUUUAUUCUCAAUACAUUAUGAUUUAAUUUUGGAUUAUUUUGAAGAUAGAAUAAAAGGAGUACAUUUCCCCUAAAGAACUAAUCAAUGUUCUUAUUUUCUAUAAAUUUUGAGUGUAAAAAUUUUAAAAUAUAUUUAAAAGUAAAAACUACCAAAAAAAAAGACUUUUGAAACUCAGAAAUUUCCACGUUUUUUUUCUCUAAAUUGUCUGAGAUAUUUUUUUGUGUAUGUGCAAAUUUUUGACUUUUCAAAGCCAAACUUCCCAUUUUUUUUCUAGAAAAGGUCGUUUUUGGCGGAAAAUGACUCCUUUGUUUUCUGUCUACGCCGUCGUAAAAUUAAGACCUUUAUCACUACAUAAACGUACAAGGGAAGAUCGCAAAUAAAUAAAUAAAUCGUUUUGGAUUGUUACAGAAGUGGGCCAACAACGAAGAGACGAACACCGUCCAGCCAACUGCCGAUAAGUCUGACCGUUCUAAAAAGCUAGCUAGCUAACAGGGUGACCCGUUGCACGUGACGUCACGCUUUUCAGAAUUCUCCGCCAUGAUGGAUAUCAGAGCAGCCUGUGCGCUCCUGUAAAGUCUGUCAAAAAGCAGAGAUGUGUGGUUUAAUGUCGCUUAUAUUUUGUUAAUUUCGCUUAAAAAAUUGUCAUAAAGCUCUGCGCAGUUGGCUGCACAAACAGAAAGAUUAGAAACCAAACUUGUUAUUUUAUUGUAUAACUUUUAAUGAGGAACGAUACGACAGCGAUGGAUAGCAAACCCUAAACCCAAGUCAGCCACUGCUCUCCUUAUGCAUUGCUAUGGGCAGGCCCCAAUAAUAAUAACAUAAUUGAAAGUCAUCAACUUUUUUGUUUGUUUGUUUGUUUGUUUUUGCAGGAAAUAUAUUAUUUAUCAUAGAUCCAAAACUUAAAAAGGACUUUGCACAUUUGCUGUAUUAAAAUUAAGGCAUGCAGCUUUAAAAUACUUUUGGGCUUUGUUGAACUAAUUUAUUCCCAGUUAUAACCCAAAAUAAUAUAAAGUUGUUAUAUUUCGCCAAGUUUAAUAAAUUACAUACAAGCUCAUUUGGAUAAAGCAAAGUCGUCUUUUCAGUAAAAUAUCUGGAUCAACAUGGUUGUACUCAUAAACGUUUAGUUGUAAAAAGAUAUUUAUACUUAAUAUUUUUAUGAAUCCUACUGAUUAAAAAUACACAUUUUAAUAAAUUGGAGUCGGGGGCUACCAAAAAACAAAACAA